GUUCCAGUCACAACUACUCCAGCUGAGAGGGAGUCUAUGGAUCAGUCCUCUGCAUAAAGACAGACCGACACACAGGUAGUAUGUCCCAACGUGUGGCAGUGAUCGGGGCGGGUCCCUCAGGUCUGACCAGCAUCAAGAGCUGUCUGGAUGAGGGUCUGAAGCCCACCUGCUUCGAGAGCAGUGAUGACAUCGGAGGGUUGUGGAGGUUCAAGGAAACCCCUGAGCCGGGCCGCUCUAGUAUCUACCGCUCUCUGGUGGUGAACACCUCCAAGGAGAUGAUGUGUUUCAGUGACUUCCCUAUGCCAGCUGACUACCCCAACUACAUGCUGCACUCCCAGCUGCUGCAGUACUUCAGGCUUUAUGCUCAACACUUUGACCUCCUCAGACACAUCACCUUCCAGACCAGCGUGCUGACUGUGAGACAGAGGCCAGACUUCAGUCGUUCAGGCCAGUGGGAGGUGGUGACAGAGAACAGGGAGGGACAGGAGCAGAGACACAUCUUUGAUGGGGUACUGGUUUGUUCAGGACACUACACACAGCCUGUCUCACCGCUAGACCAGUUCCCAGGCCAUGAGUCGUUCCCUGGCCGCUGCCUACACAGCUGGGAAUAUAAGGAUGCUGAUGCGUUCCGGGGGAAGAGGGUGGUGGUAAUGGGGAUUGGGAACUCUGGAGGAGACAUCGCUGUGGAGAUCAGCCGGGCUGCAGAGAAGACCUUCCUGAGUACCCGUAAGGGGGCGUGGGUGUUAGCUCGUAUGUCCAGUAGCGGUCUCCCACUGGACAUGACGGCCAUCUCACGGUUCACGGUCCUGCUAACCUCCCUGCUGCCCAGAGCGCUGGUCAACUGGGCUGCAGAGAGAACCCUUAAUCACCGAUAUGACCACCGUCUCUAUGGCCUACAGCCAACACACAGGCUGCUAGAGCAGAAGCCGCUGAUCAACGAUGACCUUCCAGGCCGUAUCCUGCAGGGGGCAGUAGUGCUGAAGCCAGACCUGAGAGGGUUCCAGGGGUCCGGACUGCUGUUCCAGGAUGGAACCACGGAGGGGGACAUCGAUGCAGUGGUCUUCUGUACUGGAUACAAUGGCACCUUCUCCUUCCUGCCCCCGUCACUAUGUUCAGGACCUCAGGGGGAUCUCAACCUGUACAGACGGGUGUUCCCUCCAGCUCUCGAGCGCCCCACGCUGGCCAUCAUGGGUCUGUUCCAGACUAAAGGACCCAUCUUUCCUGCUGUGGAGAUGCAGGCCCGCUGGGUCACGAGGGUCAUCGCAGGGUUGACCCAGCUCCCACCACGGAAAACAAUGCUUUCCAAAAUCGAGACUGAGACGAAGAGGAACAUGAAGAGUUACCUGUGUCCCAGACAGGCAGCUCUCCAUGUGGAUUAUAUACCAUACCUGGACUCCCUGGCUGAGCAGGUGGGGGUUCGUCCCAACAUCCUAGGGCUGCUGCUGAGGGAGCCUAGUGUGGGGCUGCGUGUACUGCUGGGGCCCUGCACCCCUUACCAGUACCGCCUAAGAGGGCCGGGAAAGUGGGAUGGGGCCCGACAGGCCAUCCUCACUCAGUGGGAGCGCGUAGCCCAGCCCUUCAGAACCAGGCUGGAGCCAGAACCCCCCAGGCCCUUGGUCCUUCUGUCCCCCUUGCUGAUCACGCUGUCCGUGGGAGCUGUGAUGCUAGCUGUGGUCCUCUCCCAGUGUAAACUGACCUGUCUACAGGACCUACUACAGGACUCAACUCACCUGCUGGACUGGCUCUCAGCACUACUUUCCAUCAUGGUGUGUACAGUAGCAGUGAUCGGGGCGGGUCCCUCAGGUCUGACCAGCAUCAAGAGCUGUCUGGAUGAGGGUCUGGAGCCCACCUGUUUCGAGGGCAGUGAUGACAUCGGGGGACUGUGGAGGUUCAAGGAGCAUCCAGACCCAGGAAGGGCCAACAUCUACCAGUCUGUCAUCAUCAACAGCUCCAAGGAGAUGAUGUCAUACAGCGAUUUCCCUCCUCCUGCUCACCUGCCCAACAACAUGCACCACCCCCAGCUGCUGAGCUACCUACGACUUUACGCUCAGACCUUUGACCUCUUCAAGCACAUCUACUUCCAGACCACUGUGGUGAGUGUGCGUCAGAGGCCAGACUUCCCAGUGUCAGGCCAGUGGGAGGUGGAGACAGAGAGGAGAGAAGGUCAGAGGGAGAUUCAGGUCUUUGAUGCUGUGAUGGUCUGCACCGGUCACUUUACACAACCACACUUGCCUCUCAAUGACUUCCCAGGUAUAGAAGAGUUUGAGGGCAGGUACUUUCACAGCUGGGAAUACCUCAGUGCUGAGGGGCUGCAGGGGAAGAGGGUGGUGGUGGUUGGGAUUGGGAAUUCUGGAGGUGACAUCGCUGUGGAUGCCAGCAGAGUAGCGGAGCAGGUGUACCUCAGCACACGGAAAGGGGCAUGGGUGGUCAGCAGGGUGGGGGCGGGGGGACUGCCAGGUGACCUGGUGGGCACUUCAAGAUUGGACAGGCUAGUGCAGAAGCUCUUCCCCUCCUGGAUUACCAUGAUGAUGGAGAAGAAACUGAACAGAAACUUCGACCACAGACUGUACGGCCUACAACCAAAACACAGGUUCUUUGCCCAGAUCCCAGUGGUGAAUGAUGAUCUACCUGGUCGAAUCAUCUCUGGUCGUGUUCUGGUCAAACCUAACAUCAGGGAGAUCAAAGGCUCCAGUGUGGUGUUUGAGGAUGGGAGCGUCGUGGAAAAGGUGGAUGUUGUGGUGUUUGCCACUGGCUACAACUAUGACUUUCCUUUCCUGCCUUCGGGUCUGCUGACUAAUGGUGGUCACCGCCUGUGUCUGUACCGUCAUGUGUUCCCCCCGGGGCUGGCUCUGCCCAGUCUGGCUGUAGUGGGCUUCAUCUGUAACCUGGGAGCCAUCAACCCUCUGGCUGAGAUGCAGGCCCGCUGGGCCACCCAGGUCUUUAAAGGGUUACUAACACUGCCCUCACAAGAAGCCAUGCUGCAGGACGUAAAGAGAGAUACCAGCACGUUGCAAAACAGGUUUGCCUGUUUGGAGCGUCACCCUCUCCAGGUGGACCAUAUCCCCUACAUGGACUCCAUGGCAGAGGAGUUGGGGGUUCGUCCUAAUCUCCUAGGGCUCCUGUUGAGGGAGCCUGGUGUGGGGCUGCGUGUGCUACUGGGGCCCUGCACCCCGUACCAGUACCGUCUGAGAGGGCCAGGACAGUGGGACGGAGCCCGACAGGCCAUCCUCACCCAGUGGGAGCGUGUAGCCCAGCCCUUCAGGACCAGGAUGCCGCCACAACCAGAGAGCAGAACCAGAGCCUCCUCUAGUCUGAUACUGACUCUGUCUGGCACUGUUCUCCUACUAACAACCUUCUAUACCAGACACAGUCUCUCAUCACUCUCCACAGGCCUCCUCUAUAAGAUAUACAGUCUACCUGAGAUCAUAUGGGGGUGGAAAUGAACACUAUGGGCCUAUUGCAUCCACUGUUGGCCACUAUUUUAUCUCUCAUUAAACUAUCAAUACACACUAAGAUCACCCACACAGCUGAUCUUAAUUGCUUCCAAAAUGUACUGUUCUCUAAAAGCCGAGCUACAUGUGACGUCAGUGUUAACUUAGCCUCGCUUUAUUCAAACAUUUUCCAAGACAGGCUAUUUAUUAUCUUCGGUAGAAAUAAAACCUGGAAACCGAGCAGACUAAGGGGUGAUUGAACUAUUUCACAAUCAUUCAGUGCAACUAAAAUAAAGCAUUUUCUUGUUUAGAAAUUAUACUGUGGCAAUACAUCGUACAGGUUAUAUCAGGGUUUUUCAAACGCGGUCCUAGGGUCCUAGGUGCAUGUUUUAAUUUUUGCCCUAGCACUACACAGCUGAUUCAAAUAAUCAAAGCUUGAUGAUGAGUUGGUUAUUUGAAUCAGCUGUGUAGCGCUUGGGAAAAACCUAAAUGUGCACCCAGGGGGGCCCCAGGACCAAGUUUGGGAAACUCUGGCUAAUAUGAAUGAAAAAUGCUGGUGUACUCAUUAUUUUUAAUUUCCAAAUUAUAUCGUCCAUUAAUUACAACUUGUCUUAUUAACUAUGGUUAUUUCUGAAGCCAAUCAUGACUGAUUUCAUGUCAUCUUUGUUUUUGUCAAAUUCAAGGUAUACAGUGCCUUCGAAAAGUUUAGAAUCCUUGACUUUCUCCACGGUUUGUUACAUUUACAGCCUUAUUCUAAAAUGGAUGAAGACAAAGCAAAAAAAGUUAUUUAUUAAAAAUUUUCGCAAAUGUAUAAAGAACUAAAAACAGAAAUACCUUAUUUACAUAAGUAUUCAGACCCUUUGCUAUGAGAGCUCAGGUGCAUCUUGUUUCUAUUGAGAUGUUUCUACAACUUCAUUGGAGUCCACUUGUGGUAAAUUCAAUUGAUUGGGCAUGAUUUGUCCAACUCCUGUACUUGGGGAGUUUCUCUGGGCCACUCAAGGGCAUUCAGAGACUUGAACAGAAGCCAUUCCUGUGUUGUCUUGGCUGUGUGCUUAGGGUCGUUGUCCUGUUGGAAGGUGAACCUUCGCCCCCAGUCUGUGGUCCUGAGUUCUCUGGAGCAGGUUUUCAUCAAGGAUCUCUGUACUUUGUUCCGUUCAUCUUUGCCUCGAUCCUGACUAGUCUACCAGUCCCUGCCACUGUAAAACAUCCCCACAGCAUGAUGCUGCCACCACCACGCUUCACCGUAGGGAUGGUGCCAGGUUUCCUUUGGACAUGACCAAUCUUGGUUUCAUCAGACCAGAGAAUCUUGUUUCUCAUGGUCUUAGUCUUUGAGUGACUUUUGGCAAGCGGGCUGUCAUGUGCCUUUUACUAAGGAGUGGCUUCUGUCUGGCCACUCUACCAUUAAGGCCUGAUUGGUGGAGUGCUGCAGAGAUGGUUAUCAUAAUGGAAAUUUCUCCCAUCUACAUAGAGGAACUCUAGAGCUCUGUCAACGUGAGCGUCAGGUUCAUGAUCACCUCCCUGACCAAGGCCCUUCUCCACCGAUUGCUCAGUUUGGCCGAGCGGCCAGCUCUAGGAAGAGUCUUGGUGGUUCCAAACUUCUUCCAUUUAAGAAUGAUAGAGGCCGCUGUGUUCUUGGGGACCUUCAAUGCUGCAGCCCGCCCUUUUUGAAUCCAGGUUUGCUGUUUAUUUGAUCUACAAGGCGGCAGACACUUUUUUGUCACCCUUCCCCAAGUCUGUGCCUCGACACAAUCCGGUCUCGGAGCUCUAUGGACAAUUUCUUCGAACUCAUGGAUUGGUUUUUGUUCUGACAUGCACUGUCAUCUGUGGGACCUUCUAUAGACAGGUGUGUGCCUUUCCAAAUCAUGUCCAAUCAAUUUACCACAGGAGGACUCCAAUGAAGUUGUAGAAACAUCUCAAGGAUGAUCAAUGGAAACAGGAUACCCCUGACCUCAAUUUCGAGUCUCAUAGCAAAAGGUCUGAAUACUUAUGUAAUUGUUCAAUACAUUUUCUAAAAACCUGUUUUUGCUUUGUCAUUAUAGGGUAUUGUGUGUAGAUUGAUGAGGAACCAAAUGUAUUUAAUACAUGUUAUAAUAAGGCUAUAAUGUAACAAAAUGUGGAAAAAGUCAAGUGGUCUGAAAACUUUCCGAAUGCACUAUAGGUGUGUGAAAGACAACUGGACUAAUACUAAUAGUACAAGAGCAUGGAUUAAAGCAGGGUUCUCCAACCCUUUUCCUGAAGUGCUUCCCUCCUGUAUGUUUUCGCUCUAACCCCAGUUGUUACUAACCUCAUCCUGUGUUCAUAACCAAGUAGGAAUGUGGUAUUAUGUGGUACAGAUUUUAUUAACCGCUAGACUACCUGCCGCCCUUUAACCAAAGCACGGAUUGCUGUUGUAGAUGAAUGAAUACGAUGUUUAAUAAUAAUAAACAUUCAGCAUUCUGAAUCCAUUAUUAUGUGAAUAAAUGCAACUGGCCCUGUGUGUCUCUGGAGCAUCUAGUCAAGGUAGUGACACUCAGUAUGAAUAUAAUGAACAUGUCUCUCUUGCACCGUUAUGCAAUUAUUAAGAGGCUAGUUACAAAUAGCUAACCCUGGCGACCGAUGUUCUAGCAUUAAUUUAUUGAGUCAAGUAGAUCAGGGACAUCAAGGUGGAACCCAAGCAUAUGUGGGGCGGCAGUGUAGCCUAGUGGUUCAAAUCGCCUAGAGCGUUGGACUAGUAACCGAAAGGUUGCACGUUCAAAUCCCCGAGCUGACAAGGUACAAUUCUGCCGUUCUGCCCUUGAACCCACUGUUCCUAGGCCAUCAUUGAAAAUAAGAAUUUGUUCUUAACUGACUUGCCUAGUUAAAUAAAAGUGUAUAGUGUAAAUAAUAUUUAACAAUAGACCUACUAAAUGAAAGAAUCAAAGAUUUACUCAGUAAAACAAGGAAUGCAUUUACUCAGUUCAACUAAUAGUCUUGAAAUAAUUAAUAAUCAAACAAUUAUUGUACAUGAAAUACAUGACACCUUAAAGAAUACACAGAGUAAAUGACUAUCAACUAAAUAAGACUUAAUGUGUCUUCAGUUCAGAAUAACCUCGAAGAGAAAAUACACACAGGAGCUUGGAAGCAAGUUCUCGAAGCUAUAUGGAAUUGUUUUUAAAAGGUUUGAUUUGGAAUUUUCAGACCCCUUGAAGUAUCAGAAAUGUAUAUUUUUGGGCCUUAUUAGCCCACACAUUGAAUAACAGUCAAAAAUAAAUCAUCUAAAGUA